GUGGCUUGGAUUUAUCACUGUAGCAUCUGUCUUCGAUCUAUGUGUUAACUAGAAAUCAAGGGAAGACAUGAGGAGGUUUGUUUACUGCAAGGUGGUUCUGGCCACUUCACUGAUGUGGGUUCUCGUCGAUGUCUUCCUACUCCUGUACUUCAGUGAAUGUAACAAAUGCGAUGACAAGAAGGAGAGGUCCCUGCUACCUGCACUCAGGGCUGUUAUUUCGAGAAACCAAGAAGGGCCAGGAGAAAUGGGAAAGGCUGUGCUGAUUCCUAAAGAUGACCAGGAGAAAAUGAAAGAACUAUUUAAAAUCAAUCAGUUUAACCUUAUGGCCAGUGAUUUGAUUGCCCUUAACAGAAGUCUACCGGAUGUAAGAUUAGAAGGAUGCAAGACAAAGGUCUACCCUGAUGAACUUCCAAACACAAGCGUAGUCAUUGUGUUUCACAAUGAAGCUUGGAGCACUCUCCUUAGAACUGUUUACAGUGUGAUAAAUCGUUCCCCACGCUAUCUGCUCUCUGAGGUCAUCUUGGUAGAUGAUGCCAGUGAAAGAGAUUUUCUCAAGUUGACAUUAGAGAAUUAUGUGAAAAACUUAGAGGUGCCAGUAAAAAUUAUUAGAAUGGAAGAACGCUCUGGGCUAAUACGUGCCCGCCUUCGAGGAGCAGCCGCUUCAAAAGGGCAGGUCAUAACUUUUCUGGAUGCACACUGUGAGUGCACGUUAGGAUGGCUGGAGCCCUUGCUGGCGAGAAUAAAAGAAGACAGGAAAACAGUUGUAUGCCCCAUCAUUGAUGUGAUUAGUGAUGAUACCUUUGAAUAUAUGGCUGGAUCAGACAUGACUUAUGGGGGCUUUAACUGGAAACUGAAUUUCCGUUGGUAUCCUGUUCCCCAAAGAGAAAUGGAUAGGAGAAAAGGAGAUAGAACAUUACCUGUCAGGACCCCUACUAUGGCUGGUGGCCUAUUUUCUAUUGACAGAAACUACUUUGAAGAGAUAGGAACUUACGAUGCAGGAAUGGAUAUCUGGGGUGGAGAGAAUCUUGAAAUGUCUUUUAGGAUUUGGCAAUGUGGAGGCUCUUUGGAGAUUGUGACUUGCUCCCAUGUUGGUCAUGUUUUUCGGAAGGCAACUCCUUACACUUUCCCUGGUGGCACUGGUCAUGUCAUCAACAAAAACAACAGGAGACUAGCAGAAGUUUGGAUGGAUGAAUUUAAAGAUUUCUUCUAUAUCAUAUCCCCAGGUGUUGUCAAAGUGGAUUACGGAGAUGUGUCAGUCAGAAAAACACUAAGAGAAAAUCUGAAGUGUAAGCCCUUUUCUUGGUACCUUGAAAACAUCUAUCCGGACUCCCAGAUCCCAAGACGUUAUUACUCACUUGGUGAGAUAAGAAAUGUUGAAACCAACCAGUGUUUAGACAACAUGGGCCGCAAGGAAAAUGAAAAAGUGGGUAUAUUCAACUGUCAUGGUAUGGGAGGAAAUCAGGUGUUUUCUUAUACUGCUGACAAAGAAAUCCGAACUGAUGAUUUGUGCUUGGAUGUGUCUAGACUCAGCGGACCUGUAAUCAUGUUAAAAUGCCACCACAUGAGAGGAAAUCAGUUAUGGGAAUAUGAUGCGGAGAGACUCACCUUGAGGCAUGUUAACAGUAACCAAUGCCUCGAUGAACCUUCCGAAGAAGACAAAAUGGUGCCUACCAUGCAGGACUGUAGUGGAAGCAGAUCCCAACAAUGGCUGCUAAGAAACAUGACCUUGGGGGCAUGAAGAUCGUUUCCCCAAAGCCGUGGAAGUGUCUACACUUUUGUUUUUCCAUUAUUUCAAUUAGGGAAAAAUAUUAACUUUGCUGAGUGGGAAGUUUUAAAAUCCUUUUAGUAUUCUAAAAUACAGUUGUUUAUAAUUCAUUUUUAGUAAUGUUUGCUUAUUUCCCUACUAAAAUUUGUA